AUGAACGGCCAACGAACAUUGCUGCUGCUGCCUCUGCUGCUGCUACUGUUGUUAGUAGUAACCAACGCUCAAGCCGACCGCGGCGAUUGCUGUACGGAUGCUAGCUGUUCCAACGUGGUGGGCCAAUCGCAGUGUUACCGUCAGAAUGUGGAAAUGACAGUCUGCCAAGAUCCCCAAUUUCCCCUGCCUUACUUUCGCAAGUACUUGAAUGGCGUAGAUGAGACUGGUGGAACCAUGUGCGUCUACAUCCCCACCAAUGAGCUGCUGGGAGAAUGCUGCAUGACAUCCGAUUGCAAUCCCAACGGCGGAAUGUGUUACCCGUUGGAAACCGUCUCGAGUUGUCGGGCCAUGGUAGCGCAGGGAAUGAAUCUACCGUACUUUCGAGAUUUUUACAAUGGCAAUGCGUGUCACGAACUCGCGCGGUACGGAUCGUGCUGUUACACGGCGGAUUGCAACGAUGAAACUUGUCGAGGAUCCCUGCUCCCCGAAAUGUGUCAACCCAAGGGAUAUGCCUAUUUUAGAAAUCAUAAUAGUGGAGGCUGCGAAAGUGUGCGAUCUGGUGGAGAAGCCGAUCCUCACAUUCAGAAAUUCAAUGGCCGUUGGUUCGAUUAUCAAGGCGAGUGCGACCUGGUCAUGGCCCAUGUUCCGCAGUUCACACCGCAUCAAGCCCUCGACUUGCACAUUCGGACCAAAAUUCGAUACGACUACAGUUACAUUCAUGCGGCCGCGCUCCGGAUUGGCAAUGAUACUCUCGAAGUCGCCAGUUGGGGCAACUAUGCCGUCAAUGGCGUCGACACACCACGGCUCGAAGGAUCCAAACGCAUGGGCAGCACUAGCGACACGUUUCCAAUCUAUCAUCGACAACCGCAAGAGAAUCAUACCAUUGUGGAUAUUGUUCUGAGUCAAGAUUCCAACAUUACCAUGGGCAGUUUCAAAGACAUGGUCUUUGUUCGCUUUACGGGUGCGACGCGGUUUCAUUUUGGAUCGACGUUGGGAUUAAUGGGCAAUUUUCGAGGUGACAUGAUGGCCCGCGAUGGCACUACCGAUUUGUCAAACGAUAUCACGGUGUUUGGACAGGAAUGGCAAGUCCGUCCCGAUAUCGAUGUUCCUGGCAACGAAGAAGAAAAGACGCUCUUUCGAGCACUUGAUGGACCGCAGUAUCCAGAGGAAUCGUGUCGUCUGCCACCACCACAACGAUUGAAAGGAACGAGUGCCAGUAGUAGUAAGGGCGUGUCCAAGAAACAAGCGCAAGAGGCCUGCGCACAUUGGACCGAUCCUCAACGACAACAAGGAUGCAUUUCCGAUGUCUUGGUCACGGGAGAUAUCGACAUUGCGCGAGCCAUGGGAUAA